UCUUAUUUGGUGGAUAAUUUUGUUUUUUGGGAUGCACAUGAACUCCCUUCAAUGAAAACCCAAAGAGUUACAUUUGGGCUCUGUUUGUUGGAGAAUUUUGUUUUAUAUACACCAUUGCAAGGAAACGCAUGGAGAAAAUUGGAAGAAAGUUGCUAGAUGACAUGAUCCAGUGUACCAAAUUGCUUCUCAGAAUAGGUACAGUGGUGUAGAUGCGAUUGUUUGAACAAUUGGGGAUGAUUGGAUUUAUUCCGAGAAGCAAUUGGGUGAACCUGUUUGUGGGAUUUAGCAUUACUCUAAUUGGGAUUGGCAUGAUAAGAAACAAAGAAGACACGAGUGAAUUUUCUAUCAGAUUAGGCAUUGCAUCAAGAUUUGAAAUGCAGCCUUUUAUCUUGCAUCAGUAUGGAUUACAAUCUUGUAAAAUAAUGUUAAAUGAUGCUAAUAAACUACCUUGUUUGCUUCUUGGAUUACACAUGAUGGCAUGAAUGUAAUUUUUCUUCUAAAAACUUACAGGCAAUUGUUAUGUGUAUCUAAUUGGAAACUCAUUCAGAGAGGCCAUUUGUGUCAUUUUAGCAUUACUCGGUCUAGAAGGGACAAAGUUCAGUUAUCUAAGUAAGGAGUAUUUGAAAUCAAUAAGUGUUAGAUAAAGAGAGUCAAUAGGGUAUUGAGAAUGUGAUUUUAGCUAAAACAAAAAUGAGAAAGAAAAAAAUCCAAGAGUGCAAAAAUGAGUCAGUCGGGUUUAAUAGUAAAUAUUGAUGGUUAAAAGAUGUGCGGGAGCAACUUGCUUCACUGUGUGUAUGAAGACAGUUGUUGGGUUUGCAAUAUUAGGGGACAGUGAAAAUAUCCUUAAAAUAGAAAAGACUUUAAAUAAUGCUGCUAAGUACGAUGAUUAAUAGAGAAGUGGGUGAUAGCAUUUGAAAUGCAUUCAUUAAUGGAUAUGAUACAGCUGCAGUUCUGAGGACAGUUGGCUGGUGUGGCCUAGUCAUGUUGAGAAAAGUGUAAGUGCUUGAUAUUGAAGGAAAAGCAAAGCAAAUGGAGACACCAUAAUUCAAUUGUGAGUUGAGUUUUUUCAGAUUGUCAAUGCAAAGAAAUGGAACUUGAAGAUGUACAGUCAGAUCUCCACUCACUGAGACAAUUAUAUGGGCUGCUCCAAACUAGUGGAGAUGGGCUGCAGAGUGCCAGUUCUGAAAAUUUGGAUGAGAAAGCACGAAUGCUGCUGAAGAAUCUGCUGGAUUGUGCUACAGAAAGGGUUUUUGAGACUUGUUCAAAGAUUAUAGCAGCUCAAUCGGGUGGAUUAAACACGCCUCAUUCUAUUCAAUCAGAACAACCCAGGGGCAUCCCAAGGUCAAAACCUCCUGUCUCACCAAACACAUUGAAUAUUUCACAGUGUGCAGUUCUGAACUCCAGCAAAGAUUUGAAUUGCCCUGAGUCUUCCCAAAAGAAGAAGCGGUCACUGACAAAGCCAAUCCCUCAUGAGAUGGUUUUGGAGCAGUCAAAAUUCACCAUUUCUGCAGCUGAACCUGAAAACAGAAAGAAAUUUUGUGGGUCUCACAAUCAAAGCAGCAUGAAGCAACAAAAUUUAGCUAAGAAGAUGCAAAUCUCGAACAGGAAAGCUGUGCCUACAAAAGAUGUUAAUAAUCGAGUUCAGUUUAGCCACUUUCAUGGAUCUGAUAGAGGGGCAAAAGGAUUAGAUUUUAAAGAGAAGUCUGUUGAGCCAUUAAGAGGUCAUGACAAGCCAUGGCAGAAAAGAAAUCGUGAAGUUCUUCGAUGUGAUCCAAGGAAUAUUGAAUUGCUGGCAGCUUCAUCAAGGACCCUAGCAUCAGGAGUUGAAUGUAGUCUUGGCACUGAGACUGAGAAAAAACCAGAGGAUGUGGAUUAUAUAUCCAAGGAAGUUGCUGAUACCAUCAAACGAAUUGACUCUUACAUUCGAGUUGUGCAGCUGAUUGAUGAUCCUGUGGACCUAGGUGGGGAUAAAAAUACAGCUCAACUAGGACUGUAUGAAAAGAAGGCUAAUUCAAUUCCUGUUGCAGAUUCAGAUAGCCUAAAAGUAAUAGAGAGAAAGAAGGGGUUGGUUUCAAGGGCUGACCUGAGUCAGGCUAGCAAGUUAGGUCUAGCUCAAAAUGAUUUACCGAGUCAGCAGGGGAUUCAAAGGCUUAGGAAGCCUAGUGACUCAAGUAUGUUGCAUCUAGUGAUGAAUCCAAGUCAGAAGUCCACUUCAGAAGGAAUUGACUCACUCGAUCUGAACAAAGACAAGCCUAAAUUGCCAGAUUGGGGUGGGAUUCAGACUUUCAAGCCUCUUCAGAAGAGCAAUAGCCAACUCAAUCAGUUAGUGAGUCGAAAGGGUGGGCAAAGCAAGGGUUCUAAUUUGCCAGCCAAUAUGCUGAGCCCAUUUUGGAGUCCCAGCACAGGAAUAACUAACCCACUGAGUCAGAAAAUGAGCCUGGUCCCUGGACAGAAUGCCAAGGCAGUUGUAGAGAAAUUUGAGUUGGUGAAUCAAUUGGCAAGUCAAAAUGAUCCUGUGGCAAGUCCAGUUUCUGAUACUAUUCAGGGCUUCAGGAUUUCUCCAAGUCAUAAAGAUGAGAUUGUCAAGGAGGCCCCUUUACCUGUGAAGGUAUUGAAUCAGAUUCAGAAAGAGAAUCGAGACCAGAAUCUAAUGGCUACGAAAGGGACCAUCAGAAAAGGGGUGACAUCAAGAUCAUUAGUGACACCUCAGUCUGUUGGGUCUGCCAAAAAAAUUCAAGCUGCUCGUACUGAUCAGAAUCUGAGUCAGACUGGAACCAGAGAAAUGAUCAGCAAGAAAAAGAAUCUUCCACCUCAGAUGAUUGUGAGGCCAACUCUGCUGGAUCAUUACCCCAGCCAAAGAAGCCUCCUACCUUCAACCUCAUAUACAGAUCAGGGAAGUGGGAAGCAGAAGCAUACUUAUGUUAGCCCACAUGGAAGGAUUAUGCAGCCUCAUCACCAACAAUCUGAGGAAACAACUUCAAGCUCAUGCUCUUCCUCAAGCUGGACAACACAGAAAACAAGCAGUACCUGCAGUGAGAGUAAAGGCAAAGAGCCACUGCCUGGUCAAGCACCAUUGCAGUUGAGGAGGUUAGGACAUGCCACACAUAGGAAUAGAUUGGAGGAGGACAAUUCAGGUGGCAUUUUGCCCCAGUAUGAGCAUCAGGAUUCUUCACGUAGAAUGACAGGAAUCAAAACCUACAGAUCAGGGUAUCAGGUUAACUCGAAGAAAGCAGUUGGGAGGCUGAGGAGACUCAAAAACAAGCUAGCAAUCAUCUUCCACCACCACCACCACCACCACCACCACCAUCACCAUGAUGAUGAGAGUGAAGAUACUGAAGCAGGCCAUUCCCGGUCCUUGUGGAAGUAUGUACAGAAGAUGUUUCAUCCUACAAGCAAACAAGAGGCAUAUGAAGAAGCAGUGGAGAAAUUCAGAAGAUCAGCUGUCAUCAACGCCCCGCAUAAGCAACAGGGUAGGCAUCAUCUUCAUGCCAUGGUGGAGGGUCUGUUGAGGCACAUUCGGAACUCAAAGAAAUCAAAGGCGGGCAGAGGUGGCAUCAGCCUGGUAGGGAAUGGGCAGCAUGGGAAUAAGAAGAUGGGGAAGAAGUUGCACUGGUGGCAGAAGAUUGGCGGCCAUGGAGGGGUGAAGCUGCCUAAUAGAGGUCGGAUUAAGGUAGCAUUUAGGAGUAAAAAACCACAGCUGAGAGCUGGUAAAACGAAGUAGGCUGGAAUAUGUGGUAUCAACGUAACAUGACUCCAUAUUUCUUUAUGGCUUAAGCCUUAAACUUUCAUUUGG